GAAGUAAAAAAUAACAUAUGGAAAAUGAAUUUACUUUGUUUUUGUUUCUUCCAUCCAUUGCUUUCUUGUUAUAAGCCACCAUUUUUGCUUUCUUUCUUUCUUUUAUUCUUUCAUUCUUCUUCUUCUGCUGCUUCUAUUUUGUCCCUUAAUCUUGCUUUUUUCAAACCCCAAAAUCUUUUUUUCAACGACAAAGCUGGCGCUCAGCUCGCAUUUUACAUAACCCAGUUUUCAGAAUCCCGCCGAAUCCAAUUUUGCAGUCCUGCUUUUCUCAAAAGUGCUUUUGUUCUGUUUCUUGAAGACGCUCACGGGUUCUUCAUGGACAGAGUCGGACUUGGACCCCUCCAUUUAAUCCCAAUCUGAAGCGGUGCGGAGGGAGAGGGCGGCAAGGACGGUCCUCGAGGUUCUGAGAGAGCAAAUGGACGACGCGGAUGGAGCGAGGGGAGUUGUGGGCAGGCGGAGCUUGAAGCAACGGCUGAGACUGAGCGUGUUCGGCUGCUGUGGGGCCACCUGGGGAUUCGGACGGACGUCGGCGAUUGGCGCCAGAGAGGAUGAGGAAGAUCAAGAACCGCAAAAUCUUCCGCCACAAGAACGAGUGGUUAUAACUGUGGGCCAGGCUGGACCGGUUAAUAUUUGGGAUCCGGGUUGCGUGGCUCCGGUUUCGCACGGAUCGGGUAUGAAUUUGGCUGCCGCGCUGGCAGCCGAGCGACAGUUGCGGGCUCCGCAGGAUCCGGAGGGAGAGGGGUCUGUGGGUCCCACGGGUAAUGCAAUCGCGGGAACAACAGCGCCGGGAACGCCGAUGAGAGUGUCGCUGAUGAGGCUGAUUGAGGAGACGGAGAUGGACGGGCGCGACGAGUUUGGCGGUGGCGCGACGGCGUUGAGCGAAAAAACAGCGGAGGGAAAUAUAGGGAGCGAUUCGGUGUGCUGCGUGUGCAUGGGAAGGAAAAAAGGUGCGGCUUUCAUCCCGUGUGGGCACACAUUUUGUAGGGUGUGUUCCAGAGAGGUGUGGUUGAAUCGAGGCUCCUGUCCCCUCUGCAACCGUUCGAUCCUCGAGAUCCUCGAUAUAUUCUAGUGAUCGUCGGAUUUGAUUGGAUGAUCAAGAAAAAAACAAAAAAACCAGAAAAUAUUUGAUGUGAUUGUUUGAGGGAGGAUGCCUCGAGAUUCGUGACAGUGUUGAAACUUUGACGGUGGAAUUUUCAAUCACUAGAAAAAUUCAAUUUGUUCACAUGCAAUAUGAUGCAAUAUGGGGUUCUUGAAUUUCUGCAACUUGAAACGUACAAUGAAGCUGCCAUGAAUUUUGUUAUUUUUUGGGUAUAUUUUAAUGGGUAAUUUUUCCCAUUUUUUUCCAGUAAUGUUUCCUUAUGCAUGCCAUGCACUUGGUGCUUGGAGUUGAAGUUAUCUUACGUUGUCAAAAUAAUUAAGAACUAUUAUGAGUUUAAUUUUCUUAAAUAACAGUAAAUGUUAGCAUGUCGUUGUA